ACAUAUAAAAUACCUAAACAUAGUAGAGAUCUUCUUGUAAUACCCUACAACAUGAUCACAGAAUUGGAUACAGAUGAAGAACUAUCACAAACAAGUAAUCUCACACAAGAUGAUGAUUUAACAUUCGAUCUUACCUCAGGUACAACAUCAAAUGAUAAUACACAAACUCAGCCUUCACCUGCUAAAGCUAUUAGAUCAUCAUCCAAAUCAACUAGUGUACCACUAACAACUGAUCAACAGCAUAGCAAAAAACGACCUAAACUACAAGCACUCAAUACAGAAAGUACACCUAAUUCUGAAACUCCUAAUGAUGCAGCUACAUUACUAACUUCUAUUAUCACAAUAUCGGACACACCAAAUACUAAUAGGCUGACCUACAGCCAAAUUACCCAAAAGCAACUCAACAUACCCCAGUUUUCCCAAAUUGAUGACUCAGAAUGGGCAGACAUUCUGCACACAAAAAUUGUAGACAAGAUCAAUACACCAUUCGAUCAACAAACUUGGUCCUAUGAAGCAAUUGCGGAGGCACUUCAAACACCAACUGGAAUUCAUGACUUUAUUGAUUACAAACUAAUCACUAUGCCAACAGAAUUCACAAUCCCACCUGCAAUAUUCCUCAAAUUCAAAUACCUUGAUACCAGAUUCUUUACCACCUUUACUAAAAAUCCAAAUACCACUCCAGCACACCAAAAAGAAUAUACUAACCUAUAUAACAAUGCUUUAGCUAUAUACAAACAAACUAACCAAAUUACUUUUACAGAUGCAGCUACCC